AUGGACACGGGCAAUUCCAGAAGGGUUUUGUCCUUUUCUAUAGACAAUAUUUUGUCGAAAGAAUCGUCUACGGCAUCUGCAAUCAAUAAGCAGAAGUAUACGCCAUACGCAGACGACAGGACCUGCAAAGUACACUCCGUCGCAGACGACAAAUGUGUGACGUUACAUUCUGUAACGUGCGUUGACGUCGAUGACAGCAUUGCAAAGCGACUGGGACAGUGUACGUCUUUCAGUGAUGACUCAGGUGAUGAUGACGCAACAGCCGAUAACGAUACGAUGACAUCACCGCUUAAAUCACGUGACACAGAAAGUAGUUCAACUAGCAGUUCCACCAAUUCCUCGCCGGACGACAUUCACAGACAAUCGCGCGAGAGCGGCUUUAAGUGCAAAUCGAAAAAGAAAACGCGAACGGUAUUCUCGCGACAGCAGGUGUUUUACUUGGAAGCGGCGUUCGACGCGAAGCGAUACCUCUCGAGCGCGGAACGAUCGGAAAUCGCAACGUCACUGCACCUGUCGGAGACGCAGGUCAAGGUCUGGUUUCAAAACCGGCGAAACAAGUGGAAGGCGCAGCUUAACGGCGACGAAAAAGGUUCACCACAAGACAAUGCCCCAAUUUUCAUGCCUCCAUUUUUGUGCAACAGCGUCGCAGCGGCAGCCGUAGCGCAUGCGCACAGAGUGCCGUCAGGACUUCCACCUUUGUCCAUGUUUCGACAGCAAGUGUUUUACUGA